AUGCGCGAAGUCCACGAAGGCGGUGUCGUCAGCUGUUUCUGCGACGUCAACUGCGGCGAGUGCAGGAUGAUGUGCCCCAAGGCCACCGACCUCAAAGGGGCCCUCCAGGCGGUCAUCCAGGCGGCAUUGAGCAAGGACGAAUUCGUCGUGCGCGGGGCGCUGAUAUCCGUCGACGCGGGCUGCAUCGCUGAUACGCAGGUGUUGCGGGAGGUGCUGCUGGAGUUGGAUGAUGUGUUUUGUUGUUUUCCUUUCGGGCAGCAGGGAAUGAUUGGAGAGGCCGCGCGCCAUGGCAAUCUUAUGAUCAACGUAUUAUUAUCCAAUUGUGCCGCGCAGGGCACGGAUUUGGGUGCUGUUCUCAGUGGUUCGUCGACGCCGUUCCGCGAGGUGCCGUGA